AUGACUGCUAACCCAUUAACAAAUGUGGCACCGUUUCUUACUUCAGUGUGUCCUGGAUAUACUGACCUUGAGGAAAACAUUCAUCAUUCACUACAGCUGUUUUCGAUUCCAGCAGCAUCCAGUAAGAUCAAUUGGCCAUUGAACCAUAACAGCAAGGGACAUAUAACGUCAACAAAUUUGGAGUUGGACCUGACAUAUUUGAAUAUCGCUCGUCCACCUUUGGCCAAAGUUGAAUCAAAUACUUAUGUGUCAUUGCCACUUCAUGUUGUAGAGGAGUUUAAAAAAAGAAUCAAGACAUGCGAUAGAGUUCAGGAGGGAAAUAUACACAUUGGUGCAAAUAUCAACCCUUUAUUACAGGACCCUUUCCGAAACGUAUCCAUGAAUCCAGGGUCCAUCACUCAAGUAUUAGAGUUACAAAAUAUUAAAUUCCUGUCCAACAACCCAUUUGCCACUGCUGAAUCUGUUUCAAGGGGGGUUGUUUGUGACAAGUUCCCUGGCUUUCAGGAUAUUCACAAUAGUCUGGAUAUACGGGUUUUAGCAUACAAUAAGGAUGUCUUUGAUCGAUGUCAAAAACUCGUUAUAACAUCGCAUGUUAAUGUCUUGAAUGUAUUGGGGUUGGACAAAGAGUCCAAGUAUGCUAAUACAAAGCAUUACAAGCAGGUGGAUAUGUCAGGAAAUGUUGCUGAAACUUCUGUUGAAGUUCCACUCCUUCGACUUCAGUUUGACGAGUCGACUAUUAUAACAUCGAUGCAUGCUUUUGUGCUACACAAGGAACCCAUCAUUGUUAUUGGAUUACUGUCGGGAAACAUUGUGGUUAUUGAACCGCGAACUGCAAAAUUUAGGAAAUUCGAUUUGGGACUCAAUAAUAUUGCAGGAGCACUUGAAGUUAUAUGUGUAUCGUCCCUCAGUGUGAUAUGUCAUCCGCAGUAUGACUUUUUGAUUGUUGCUGGGUAUUCUAAUGGAGAAGCGGUUAUUAUAAAUCCCCUUGGCUCUAACGACUCAACAUUGUGCGUCAAAAAAGAUAGGAGUGUUGUAAUUAGGGAUACACACGGUAUAUUUUUCAAAGUGACCGAUUUGAGUGCACCAGCACUGCAAAAGCAAACUGCAACUAUUCUUUUCCAUUUCAAACUCAGCCAUCAUCCAAUCACAGCCAUUACCUCGACGUUGGAGAUACAAAAUAAAGCGGCUGGAAGAGCAACAAGAGAUAAAGUUGCAAAAGGAGGAGAAGGUGAACCCAGUAACCAGCCGCAUAUUAUUGCAUUUGCUUCUGCAGAUGGGUUUGUCAAAUUCCUAGAUUUGAUGUUUUCGUAUGGUUACGACGAUACUGAGAGAAUUGUAUCUGAUCACACAAUAAUUACCGAUAUAAUCUCUACAUACUUCAAUACUAGUGUUACAGAUGUUGCAUUUAGUCCAGACUACAAGUUCUUUUGCAUGCUGGGCAAAGGUGACUUGAUUGAAUUGUUCAAGUUGGCAUACUAUAAUGUCGAUGGAGUUUACAAAAACAAGAACCGUCCAUCAAGUGGACGAUCUAGAAGUGGUACUAUUAGCAGUGGCUACCGUCGUCAAUCAGAUGCUGGAGCUGCUCUUGCUUCUGAAGUUACUGAACUGUUUCCACCAAUGAUCAAGAGUAUGCAAAUUGUGUGUCGUUUCAAAGCCCACACUAGCUCUAUAAAGUCUCUAAGGUUUUGCACAGAGCAAUGCGCAUCACCAUUAGGGACAUAUAGAAUAUUGAGUUGUGGCAACGAUGGGAGAAUUAUACUUUGGGAAUUUGACCAUAAAGCUAUACCAAAGAUAAAAAAGCCCACUACAAGUAAUCAAAUUUCUAACCAACGAGGAAGAGAGCCGCGUAGAUCUAUCCAUGAACGGAGACCAGGUGCCUCACCAAUGGCCACAACGUCUUUAACAGCAACGACAACAGCUGGAGGAGGAACAACUACAAUUAUCGCACAUAGUCCCAGCCCUAUUCGACACCCUAGAUCAUCUCAUCGAAGAAACAAGUCGGAAGAUCCGAUCUUCAAAAAUCCAUCGCUUACCAACCUUUUAUCAGUUCAAAACAUGAAUUUGAACAGCGUAUUGAGCAAUGGCGAACAGCAGCAGCAAGAGAAAGACCUGCAACAACAAACGGAAGAUAUUGUUGCAUUAUAUAGAAAAUUGCAAAAUCUUCGAAAUAGAAAGAACCCACAGCGGUACCAUCAACAAUAUGGCACAAUCAUUGCACCCAUAGUAAAUGAUAAGUUGGUACCUACCAUCGGUAUCCCCUUGGUUACGAUUGAUUUGUCAAGUCUUAUCCCCAAUGGUAAAAUUGAUAGUGUUGAAGUAGAUCAGAACGCAUUGUUUUGUUUUUGCAAAAACGGCGAUAUCUUUCGGUAUAGCAUUGUAUAG